UUUGCUAAUGCCCUUUGCUGUUAUCAUUUCUCAAGUCAAGUUGGAUUUGAAAGAAAUUAUAACUAUGAAUGUCAAGAAUUUAGAAAGUCUUUAGAAGUAUUGAAAUCGAAACAUUUUAUUUUUAGUACACAUAUUUGAAAUAAAUUAUGUAUUUUUACAAUACUGAUAUAUUUAAAUAUUUAUAACUAUAAGUACCUCCAAUACAGGAAGAUGUUAUCCUCAGAGCACAUAUCACGAGUCCGCAGACUGUACAAGUUAAUAUUUCGCCUGCACAGAGGUCUGCCGGCAGAGCUACGAGUGCUCGGUGAUAACUAUGCUAGAGAAGAGUUCAAACGGCAUAAGAAAUGUAAUGCCCAGGAGGCUAACAUAUUCCUCCACGAGUGGACUGAUUAUGCAAUAAACCUUGCAAAACAAAUGAAACCUCUACAGCAAGCAAAGACAAAGAGAGUUGGUCAGUACUUGGACCCGCAGAUGCUAGAACAUAUGACAGAUGAUCAGCUGGUGCAGCUUUAUGAGCUCCACAAGGCAGCCGCAGCGGAAACUGAUGAAAACCCACCAGACACAAUAGUUAAAGAAAAAAAAUAGGUGUUAGUGAUCUCACUAGAGACCGAGCUUGUUAAAGUGGCUACCACAAAGCUAUUAUACCGGUAUUUUGCAUAAGGCGUCGUGUCGUGGGAGGCACAAAAUAUUUAUACAGUUCCACCUGAAAGCGCCUGUGACUAUAUAGCUUUUAGCUUUUAGGCAUCAUCGAGAUUUCAGCAAUGGUAAAUUUUUAUUCAUUUGCUCUCACACUUUGACGACAACAGUUAACAAACUGUAACAAUAUUACACUGCAAAUUUGUUUUGAUGCACUAUGUUUAUGAAACAGGAAAAUUGAGCACACAUACUAAGCUACUGUAACAUCCUGAUUUACAAAAUUUUGCAUAGAGUUGUUCCGGACAAAUCGAAAAAAAGUCAUUAGAAAUAGUAUUAUUGCGAAGUCAGAAUCAAACUAAUCUAUUAAUCAGUGAAAUCAUGGUACCCCAGACAAACAGAACCUGUGGAUGUUGAGGUAAAAUGUACUGAUGUGAAUAUAUUUUAUGAUUUAAACAUCAACUAGUAUUACACAUAGUCACUGGAUAAUAUUAUUUGUUAUAAAAUGGUGGAUCUAAUAAUGUAAUGACAAAUAAUAGGUCAGUGAGAUUUUUUUGCUCCGUUAAAAUGUUUAACACAAUUAUAAUAUUUAAUUUACCAAAGCUUUGUUGGGGGAACUUUUUUUGCCACGAAAAAAAUCCAGUAUGAAUUGAAUUAAAAUAUGUUUGUACGUAAUUAAUAGCUUUUGUUAUUUUUAUGUAUUUAAAGUUAGCAAUUUUUAAUGUAUGUAUCGUGUUUUGUGAUUAGUAAAUUAAAUUAGUUCCAAGUGUGAUGUAGAUUUAGAGUUUAAGAUUUAAAUACACGUCAUCGAAAAGUAAAUGGAUUUCUGUGAAA